AUGUCCCAAGGCAUCUUGCAGGUUCAUCCUCCGAUCUGUGACUGCCCCGGCUGUCGAAUUUCCUCGCCAGUGAACCGAGGUCGCCUGGCCGAGAAGAGGACGAUCCCACUGCCCCCCACCAGGAUCCCAAAGAAGGAGCUGAGUUCGAUUUUCUCAGCCAGUGAUGGGGACAGCGAUGGGAGCAGCCCAGCCCAUGGGCAUCGACCAGAUGUGAAGCAAGAGGACGAUUUGCACAUCAGUAUCAUGAAGAGAAGGGUACACACUCACUGGGAUCUGAACAUCUCCUUCCGAGAGACUUCUUGCAGCCGUGACAGUGACCUCUCUACCAUCAUCUCCAAUUUGCACCCGAGCCGCCACCUCGUUAUGCCUGAGCGCCAAAGCCGCUGUGAAUUCCAGAGAAGCAGCGUCGAGAUUGGCCUUGGCCCAGCAGAUGACCUUUUAGGCAAAAGGCGGGGCUGCUCCCCCAGCAGCGGCGGCCUUGACCGCCCCACGGAGAAGAAGUCCAGGAGUGAGUCCCUCAAGGAUCCUUCCCCCUCCCCCCUCCGGGAGGAGCCGGCCCCCCAGAUGACCCCGGAGGAACACUACCGAAGGAUGAUGUCGGCCCUAAGUGAGCCUGGCGCCUUUGAAGAGCAGCAGCGACUCUAUCAGCUGGCCAGCGCCGUGGGCCUGCCCAGCCACAGUGAUCUCCUGAGGCUCAGGCAGGAGGUCGCAGCUGCCGCUGCCGUGAGGAGCCCCGGGGCCUUGGAACCCCAUCUCCCCUCAUCCUCCAGCAGCUCUGCAGGUGCUGGAGUUGGAGGCGGGGCUGCAGGGGGGACUGGGCAGCGCCGGAAGCAGGGCCUUCCCCCCCACAGGGAAACAGCUGUCACUGGACAUUUCUCCGAUAGGGACGUGACCCAUCCAUCAUUGCUGUCACCCCAGAACGCCCCCCACAUCGCCCUGGGCCCCCACCUCAGACCCCCCUUCCUGGGUGUGCCUUCUGCUCUGUGCCAGACCCCAGGAUAUGGAUUCCUUCAGCCCGCUCAGGCUAAGAUGUUUGCUAGACAACAAGAAAUCCUCCGGAAACAGAGCUUGGCCAGGCUGGAGAUGUCAGCAGAACUACUUUGGCAGAAGGAGCUGGAGAGUCUGCACAGGCCUAGGCUGCUCACUGCGGACCCCCUGGGGCUGCCCCAGGAACACCCAGCUCUGCGAACCCACGAGGGCCCCGAGGGCCACUCCCUGCCCCCACCCUCUCUACACGAGGACCUUCAGCGGAGACGCAGCGCCAUGCUGGUGCUGAGGCACAGUUCAGCCCCCCUCUUGGCCCUGCCCCCCACGGAGCCCCCUGCCAGGCCCGGGCCCCCAACACCCCCCAGAGAGCAGGCCCGGCAUCGCCCCGCUGCCCGCAAGGGGGUUGGAAGGCCUGGAGAGGCCAAGGAGGCCGCUGGCCCAGGAGUCCGGGCCCAGGACAGCCCAGAGAAUGACUCCAAGGAGUCGGACAGUGAAGAAGCUGAGGCUUCCCCGGCCGAGGCUGGGGGCACCGGCCGAGCCUGUGAUGACCCCAAGGACACAUCGGGUGGGCCCAGCAGCGACUCUCCAGGGCAUGGCCUGGGGGGCAGGGCUGAGGGGAAGGGGCCCCUCCUGGGGGCCCCACUGCCGCCCCCUCUGCCUCUGAGCCUCCCUUGCACUGUCAGCCCCUACUUUCAUACAGGCACCAUGGGGGGACUGUUCUUGGACAGCGGAGAGGAGGCUGUGGGCCCUGAAGACGUCAGCAAGUGGACAGUGGAUGACGUGUGCACUUUCGUGGGUGGCCUGGCUGGCUGUGGAGAGUAUGCUUCGGUUUUCCGAGAACAGGCCAUAGACGGGGAGACGUUGCCCCUGCUCACCGAGGAGCAUUUACUGACCAACAUGGGGCUGAAGUUGGGACCUGCCCUGAAGAUCCGAUCCCAUGUGGCCAAGCGCGUGGGCAGACUCUUCUACAUGACCAGCUUCCCUGUGGCCCUCCCUCUGCAGGCCCCUGGCCUUCGGGGUGUGACGGACAGGGAACUGGCUGGUGAACUGCAGCCCUCCUCUCCGGCGCACUCCGCAUCCCCCUUCCGGGGCAGCUUCUCGUCCAGCAGAGGUUCCCCCAAACAAGAGAACGGGGCCCCCUCCCUGCUGGUGGGGAUAGGGGAUGCGCCCAAGCCGCCCUCCUAA